UCUGGUUUUUCGAACUGUUGACUUUUGUCAACAUAUACGAAAAACAUAGACACAUGCCUCAUGUAUUUGGAGUAAUGCUGGCUGUGAUAAGAGCCAGAGAUAAUUUUAUUAGAGAUAGAUAUGAGAUGAAUAAGAGUGAUAGAAACUGA